ACAGAAUUAUGUAAAGAUAAGAAUCGCGAGAGACGUUCAGAACCUUGCAAGUGAAAUGGAUGCCGCUGAGAGCUUGGAACAGCUUUUCGCAGCGCAUUCGGCCGUGCCUGCGUUAGCCGUCUUGCAGCAACUACGAAUGGAAUUGAGCCAGCAGCAAGCUCGAAGGCUGCUGAAUAACCACCGGGAAUAUCUUCAGAUGGGAACAUGUAGUUUUGGUCGGCGCGGUCAAGCAGCGUACGCAUUGCGCUCAGGUACCGAGGUGCAGCGUCUGUUUGACAUCGCCAACAUAUCUGAUGAAGACGCCGCACAAUUUUGGGCGACGGGUGUCGGUCAGCGAUUACGUGGUGUGCAUGGUGCAGCUGGCGUCCGUGCAGCCCAUCCUCUAGAAGGCUCAGUGUGCGAUACCGGUACAGCCGACACGUCAUCCAUGCUUAUCGAUUUACAACCAACCCGCGUUCGUGUUGGGAAUGCAGAGCCAUCCAGCAGCACCGGCCAAUUUCGGGUGCCCCUAUAUGCUCGCAGCGACAUUUCUUCACUUCUACGCCAUGACCCAACGACGCGCCGGCAGCGCCCACACGCCCACCGCCGUCACAGUCCAGGACGAUGACGCCCCUGCCACGCUGGCCUAGCCCACACAUCAGCUGAACUCCUAAAUAUUGACCGAUAACGUCCCACAAUUUCGGCGCUAGGCUUCUGGACAUUGAGCGGUGCUUUUGAAUUUAGGCACGGUCGCACUUAGGGUUUCAUUCUCGGUGCGUACAUGUCCAACUUUAACUUGUGUGUGAACGGCUUGGGAUGGUCUAUUGCGUUAGCGUUAGGACUUCAAGGACACCACGCUGCGCUCCUUGCUAUGUACGCUC